UAUUUUUAGGGGGAAGGUCACACUACAAGUCGACCACAGGACGAUCGGAGAGAUCGAAAAUUAAAUUGAGUUUCUAAUUUACACACAAGAAAACGUUAGAACAAUGUCGAAAAUUUCUAAAGUUGUUCCGGGAUCAAUGGUCGAUGGGUACGUGGUGUGCCCUUUUGACAGCGUCCAUCGCCUGCUUCCAAGCCGCCUUACCGUGCACCUUAUACGCUGCGCACGCAACUUUCCUUCCGCCAAAAUGGUCCGUUGCCCGUUUAAUAAUACCCAUGUGCACUCCGUGGCUGAUAUGACGACGCACGUCGGAACCUGUCCAAAUCGAUCUACCAUGGUACACUUUAUGAAUCCGGAACAGCUACCGCCGAUGGAGCCACGAGCGUCCAAUUUCUGUAUAGAGUCUACUGAGGACUGGGAUGCUGAGCCCCCGGCACCGACAUACAAUCCGCAGACCCAUUGUGAAAAGAACUUCAUCAUCAUCAAUCCCCAGGGAAACGGGCCGGCGGCACGCCGCGAAUUUCGCGCUCGCGAGCGCAUCCGUUUCAUGGAAAACGACAAGUUCUAGGAAAUGGGAGUUCUUCUUACAUAUUACAAUAUUUAACUGAAGCUAGGAAACGGCAACUUAAUUUCUUUCCCUUUUACCCACAGCAGAAUAUCGGGACUUUGUUUUCUAUUCUCUUUUGUUCGCAUUUUCGAAAAGAACCGCACUAUCGUAGUGUUGCCACCCUUUGUAUACUUGAAUGGCAAAUUAAGAAAAGUAUAAAAAAAAAUCAAAUGAAAAAGUAUGUAUGUAUUUGUAAUGAAACAUUUACAUUCUUCGCACUUAAAAAAAAAAAUAAUAUAAUCAUUGAAUAAAUAUGUAUGUAAGCUUAAAGUUUUAAGUUGAUCACGCAAACGACAGUGUUGUUGGAAGGCAGACCACAGGCAUUCCAAUGUCAAUUAACUAAUUAGAACAUGUACUCAUGUAUUUUCUUCUGUUUAUUUGGAAUAUAAAGAGUUCGGCUGCCACCUAAGUACUUUUUGAAAACACCGCAAAAUUAUUACAUAGCUAAUAUGGCAACUCUGUGCUCUCAGGGCUUUGGAAUUUAGUUAAUUUUCCCCUUCUUUGCUUUUGCGCACAUGCGGCCAGCGAGAACCAGAGAGAGGGAGAGCGGCCCUGUAAUCAAAUAUAGCAAGGGUAUAUUUGUCAGAUAUAAUCUGAAAAAUAAUUUCAUUCAAUUCUACUGCAUUUUGAGCAUUUAUUUAAGCCGCUUUUUGACGAAACGAGGAAAAUGUUAAUUUUAAAAUAUUGCAAAGCAAAAAAUCGGCUAAACUGCGCUUGUACACGGCAAUAAAGUCGACCGCAAAUCGAGAGAGUUCCGCAAGUCGACACCCCGACGCGCAGACAACCGCUAUAAAAGCGCUCGCCGCGUUGCUCUCUCGCUCAGUCAAGUUGAUUUUCACGGCGUGUUGAAACCACGGUUUUCCUAAAGUUUUUUUCCCACAAAGUUCAUAGCUCGGCGAAAAGUUAAAAGACAAAUAAUCAGAAAACAAAGAAAAAGACAAAAAAACUGGGCUAAGUAGCUGAAAACCAAGCGGCAAAACCAACAACAAAGAAGGCAACAGCUCCCCACGCACACUACUGUACGGUUGUGGGUGUGUGUGUGUGUGCGUGUUUGCGAGUGAAAAGGAUAGAAAGAGUAAAACAGGAGCGACGAAGGAAACUUCUAGUAAACAUACACUAUUUUUUUCUGUGAGUGCAUUUUUGCCCACGCUAAAGAAACGAGCGCAGAAAAAGAACCCACAAACAAAAAAAAAAACAGGCUCCCAGCGUCGACGCCGACGUUGUUGUUUGCUGCAGCAGCAACAGCAAUUGCAGUUGUUGCAGCAUCGCAAACGAGAGAGAGUAAGUGAGAGGCAGAUAGCAAGUUAGUGUUGUGGGAGAAGGAGUAGCAGAAGAGAAGCGGCACAAACAAAUCAGAAGCACUAAAG